UGGCCAACAUAGUAUCUAGUCGAAGCUUCAUGAGCUAAAUAAUAUUGUUGAUAAUCCCAAUCCCAUACACUUACCGUGUCUACGUGACCUCAAUUCGCUUAUGGGACUUCGAGUGUAUUUCGAUUUAUGUGUGUGAGGGAGAAUUUUGUUGCAAGCGAUCGCAUCGCAACGCAUCCCAUUCAAGUCGGCCAUUUUAAUUGAUAAAAUGUUUUUAAAUCAUUACGAAAGUAGAAAUUGUUUAUUGACUCUUUUAAUAAAAAUGGACAUUCGCGGAACAUGAUAAUUCGCGUUAGUGAGGACAAAAGCAUUGAAGUGUUGGACGUUAUUGUGCUAUAAAGUGGAAUAUUGGGCUACUAGUUUGUUGAUUUCGUGAAUCGCGUGUGAUUUUACAAAGACAAUGUCUGGAGCCGGUGAGGACGCUGGGUGCUCUUCGGGAGGAGUCGCCAUACAAGUAUUUCGUCCGACAUGGGAAGAAUUCAAGGAUUUCAACAAAUACAUUCAGUAUAUGGAGUCUAAAGGUGCCCAUAAGGCUGGGCUCGCGAAAGUGAUUCCUCCACCAGAAUGGGUGCCUCGUAAGUCUGGGUAUGACUUGGAUCAGCUGAACGUGACUAUCCCGUCGCCAAUAUGCCAGGUUGUGACCGGCAAGCAAGGUUUGUUUCAACAAAUAAAUAUUCAGAAGAAGUCUAUGACCGUAAAGCAGUUUGCUGUUAUGGCUAACUCCGCGAAGUACUGCACGCCUCGCCACUCGAGUUUCGACGACUUGGAGCGGAAGUACUGGAAGAAUGUGACUUAUGUUGCCCCAAUCUACGGGGCCGAUGUGAAUGGAAGCAUCACGGACCCAGACAUUCAAGAGUGGAACAUUAACCAUUUGGGUACGAUACUUGAUUUCGUAAACUCUGAUUAUGGGAUAGAAAUUGACGGAGUCAACACAGCUUACCUGUAUUUUGGUAUGUGGAAGACAACAUUCGCAUGGCACACUGAAGACAUGGAUUUGUAUUCAAUUAAUUAUUUGCACUUCGGCGACCCGAAGACCUGGUAUGCUAUCCCACCGGAACAUGGCAAAAGAUUUGAGAGAAUCGCUGCAGGAUUCUUCCCAACUUCAGCUAAAACUUGUGCAGCGUUCUUGCGGCACAAGAUGACACUUAUAUCACCGCAAAUAUUGAAACAGUACUCUGUGCCAGUGAAUAAGGUUACUCAAGAAGCCGGUGAAAUAAUGAUCACAUUCCCAUACGGCUACCACGCUGGGUUUAACCACGGAUUUAACUGUGCUGAAUCAACAAACUUUGCUGCUCCGAGAUGGGUUGAAUACGGCAAAAGAGCCAUACAGUGCACGUGUAGCAACGACAUGGUUAAGAUUUCCAUGGACACAUUUGUCAAGCGUUUCCAACCUGAUCGCUAUGAACUAUGGCUCAAAGGUCAAGAUAUUGGUUGCCACCCAGAACAGCCCGAGAAGAUGAUGCCAGCACCUCACCCAUCAGGGCAGGACAUACUCUGUAACAAAAACAAUACAGAAUUACCCGAGUCAUUUAUAGAAGCGGAAGUAGAAGGUCUCAAGAAGAAGAAACGUCAUCCAUUACAUUUGAAACGCGCGAUGGCGAGCAAAAGCAUUUCUGAAGGAGCCAUCGCUGUCUCCAUACUUGGCCAUGAUGUAAUGGAUGAUGAUGAAAUGACUAUGGCAGAAGGAGAUUUAGACAUGAUGACAUCAAUGAAACGGCCUAUGCUGCCCAUUGAUCCGAAUGACACUCAACUGGACGCACUAGAAGACAUAUGGCUAAAAGGUGAUGAGAUGGAGCCUUGCGAAGCGCAGUUACCUGACACCGGUUACAUGGAUUCCGACAACGACUCUGAUUACGAGGAACCGAAGUCGAAAAAGCACUCUAAAAAGAAACGGAAAGACAGCACAUGUAAAAAGGAACCUAAAGUGAAGAAAGAAAAAGAUAUUGAUAAAGCUAAACAGGGAACAGAAGGCACUGAAGGGAAGAAGAAAGAGAAGGCUACUCCUAAAAAAGGUGGUCGGAAAGUCAAAUCCAAGAAGUUAUCCGAAGAGCAGCUAGAAGAUUUGGCUGCUGUAGUCUCUAAUUGGGAAUCCCCUCCCCACGAAGACACAGCUGCAAACAUUCCUAUUGAACUUAAAAUUUCCCCUGAUCCAUUAUCAGAAUCGGCAUGUGAUGAAGCAAAACCUGAGGCUAAAAAGAAUGAGCCGAAGAAACGAAAGUCCUCCGUAAAGUCUGACGGCGAAAAAGUGGAAAAACCAAAGAAGGAGAGAGUCAAAAAGGAGUCAAAAGUCAAAGAGCAGAAAACUGAAGAAAAUAAGAAAGAAAAGAAACCAAGGAAGCCACGGACGCCGAAGAAAGCCCCCAAUUUCCAGUACAAUUCACCGAUUGAGCCCAUCAUGCAGAAGCAUCAGAAAGCGUAUCAGCAGAAUGAGAAACGAGACAUACCAAUCACCACCCUCACAGUUCCUAGACCACCGGUCACGUCCACAGUCACAGCUACGAAUCCUAACAGUCUACUAAAAUCAUCACAAUGUAAUCUUACACCUCUCAAAUCACCCACAAAACCCUAUUCAGAUAUCGUUGACCCAAAUUUACGAGUCCCAACAAUUGUGCCACCAGUCAAUAAAAACCCAAACGCUUUUCAAGGCGAAUUCCAAAAGUUCAUGGUCAACAAGCAGAAGCAAGAUCCCACACCAGCAUUGCAGAGGAUUUUCAAAAAACCGCCAAAAACAAAAACAACUAAAGCUUUACCCAAACCUGAUAAAGUGGAACCUAUUGAGUUGCCGAAACCGGACUAUCCAAUGCCAAUAGGGCAGUAUAACGAUAAUAUAUUCCUAAAUCAAAAUCCAAUUGAUUAUAGGACAUACCAAAAUGAAAGACAAGAGACUCGCCAACCCGACAGACAGUGGAGACAAGAUCAGUCACUGUAUUACCCACAAAACACAUUAGCGAAUCCACAAAUGUAUAACCAAAUGGACACAGAUUAUUAUAGAAGACCUUACCAAACGCCGUGGUAUGGAUAUAAUAUGGACUACCAGAAAGCAUGUCUCAACGUGUUGACGAAGCAGGAAUCAUCUCCGAGCGUGGAGAAAGAAGAAGUGAAGGUCGAGGUUGAGAGGUUCAUCGACCUCGCCAGGCAGAUGGAGGCAUUCUUCCUGCAGAAGAGAUUCCUUCUAUCAGCGAUGAAGCCCGAAUUACUAGUGAAAGAGGACAACAAUGAACUUAAAUGUGAGCUUCAGCGUAAAGAUGAGCUUUUGAGGAGACAUUACGACAAGAUUGGACAGUGGCAAAACUUGCUGGCCGACUUGCAGGGGCACACAGUGUACAAUAAGCAGGGUUCGCAGCCCGUGCAGCAGGCGGCCGCCUCGCCGCGACAGCCGCCCACCGUGCCGCAGAGUGUUCAGGCGCAACAGAUGGCGGCAGCGGCGGCCGCGCAACAAGCCGCGUUACAGCAACAAGCGCUGCAGCAACAACAGAUGCAAAGCAGUCUCGCGCAAGGCAUGUACCUGGCUGGAGGGCGAGGCGCCUACCCUGGCGCCCCGCUGCAAGGCCCGCUGGCCUAUUUGGAGAAAUCUGCUACUAGUAUAGAUAUGGUAGGACUGGGCGAUGGACGAAGGUGACGCGGUCGCGGGAGGGGCAGGGGGCGGGGCCGUGGCAGAGGCCGAGGUCGUGGCGCAUCCCCUGAGUACGGCGGCAGCAUUACCCCCCCGUAGCGCGCCCCCUCCCGCGCUACAUCUCAUACUGCGCAUGUACACACAUACAUACACACAUAGUAUCAUCGGCCCUUAUAGGUUUCUAAACAGAGGUUAAACCUCUUGUUUACUUUGCUUGAUACAAUUUAUCUUCUUACAUACUGGUCUCGGAGAGAAAUAAAAACAGAAUGUACCGGUUGCAUUUCCCGCGUAGAUUGUAAAAUUCAAUCAAAGGAAAGGGCUAUAAAUUGGAGAUUCUUCUCGAAAACCUUUCACAAUUUAAUCUCAUUUUUCCACCAAUAAAGCUAAGCAUACAGCUGUCAUGUAUCGAGAGGUAGGUAGUCUUGCUGAACAUAAAAUGACUUUGUCAUUUUCUAGCUGAUCCACAUUAAUUUUUUGUAAGAGAAUAAGUAUGAGUAUAUAUAUAUCAGCGACUAGACGUUGCCCGGGGCUUCGCUCCCGUGGGAAUUUUGAGAUAAAAAAAAUAGCCUAUAGCAAUCUUGGAUAAUGUACCUUUCUAAUGGUGAAAGAAUUUUUCAAAUCGAUUUGGUAGUUUCGGAGAUUACCCGCCUCAAACAUACACAGUCACAAACGCUUACCUCUUUAUAAUAAUAGUAUAGAUAGAGUAAUGUAACUUAAAGUAACAGACUUCUUGGAAUCUAUGGAAUUUUCGCUUGUCGCUGGUCGCCUCUCCGGUUGGUUAAAUACUCUAAAUUAUAUAUGAGGUCAUAGUCUACACGGGCACGGUAAUAUUCACGGGCCAUUGAUUAUACAAUAUACUAAUCUAUUCACAAUAUUUAACGAUCACACAUUAAGCUUUUUAAUUUUUUUUGUGAAGAUUAAUUUGCUUGUAAAGAUUUUUUUUUUUAAAUAUUAGAUUUGUGUAACAAUUGUAUUGUAAUCAUUGUAAAAAAAAUAAAUAAAUGGAUUGUACUCUU